UAAGAAUUGGAUAUGGUACCAUGUGGCAGCGUGUCAGUGGAUGGAGCAAUGUCGUGUGGUAGCUAGGUUGAUCUUUUGUUCAGGAAAAAGAUAUCACAUUAACUCAAAGCCUCUCAAAUCCUACUUCUGCUUUUGCUCCUUACAUUAAUUUUCAUCAUUCUUCAUAUCUCUGCAACAGAAGAACAAGUUCAGACAAAGAAACACAUAAAAGAACCAUGGCAAGUAGCAGCAUGGCUUUUGCUGCAUCUGGUUUUAUGGUGGCAACCCCUAAUGUCACCUCUAACUCUGCUCCAAAGAGCUCUAUGUUAUCCUUCUCCUCCAAGAACAACACCACCAACAUCCCCAGGCUCGUUGUCCGGGCCGCGGAAGAAGCCGCAGAAGCUGCCCCACCAGCUGCUACCGCUACCGCCACCGCUGAAGGCGAAGCUCCUCCUGCCAAAGCUGCCAAGCCACCUCCAAUUGGACCCAAGAGAGGAGCCAAAGUGAGAAUUUUAAGGAAGGAGUCUUACUGGUACAAGGGUACCGGCUCAGUUGUAGCAGUUGAUCAGGAUCCAAAAACACGCUACCCAGUUGUAGUGAGGUUCAACAAAGUGAACUAUGCUAAUGUAUCCACCAACAACUACGCAUUGGACGAAGUUGAAGAAGUGAAAUGAAGGAGUGGAAGUAAUUAGUUCAAGGUUUUCCAUAUUUGUAAUAUGUCCAGCCCUGUGCUUUCCAUGUUUAAUCUCUAGUUAUAUACUGGCUUUGAAUGUGAAUGUGUAUCAUAAUUUCCUGGCAA